AUGGUGUUUCCAGAUAUCUCGGCUGAUGUUGUCGAUGAUGCACCACCAUCUGAAGUGGUGGUGCCCUCUCGAGCUAAGAACCAAUCUACUUUUCCGAUUGAACCAUCUCUAGCGGCUAGGGAAAAAUCCAAGUCUGUUUCAUCUUCUUCCAAAGCUAUUGCUGCUGGGUUACUCAAGUUGCCCAUGAAGCCAAGCCGGUCCAAGAAGAACACUUUGGCUCCAAAAAGAAAGUUGGUGUUGGGCUCUUCUUCAUCCCCCUUGACUGCUGCCAAGAAAAGAUUGAAGGCUCAUCCCCCUUCUCCGUCUUCCUCUAAAUCUGAACCUGAGGAAGAGAAAUCUGAGUCUGAAGAAGUCCAUGAUACCACCAUAUCUGAUGAAUCUGUUUCUGACAAUGCUGAAUCAAAGGCUGAGUCUGGUGAGCCAGAACAAGAAGACGUUGUCCUUACUGAACAAGAAGGUGAAUCUGACACAGAGCUAGUUGCAACUCCAUUGUCGUCCAAGGCUAAAGGCAAGAGACCAAUCUCUGAUUCUGCACCAUCUCAAGGACUCUCAGGUGUUAAUUUCAAACCUCAUUCUCCUACAUUUUGUUAUAAUGACAAUGCUCGUGAUACGGUUCUCUAUGCUCAAAGUAAAUUUCUCAUUGAGAAAAAUUAUGUCUUGAGUGAUCAUCGUCCUUAUGGUGUGUUAACUAUGCUUCAAGAUCGAAAAUGGAUAGGUUCUUUGGUUAAAUUUACUGGUUUUGUGGAUCGAAUAGUCAAGGAAUUCUAUGUAAAUAUUACUGAUGAAAUUAUUGAACAUAAAUCUCCUUUGUAUUGUAAAGUGUAUGUUAGGGGUCAUUGGUUCUCUUUUUCUCCACAAGAUAUUGCAAAGGCUUUGCAUCUUCCUCUUGAUGAUGAGGAUGAUGAUGAUCUUGACUCUCUUGACAAGGAUGAGGUCAUCAUUGAACUAGUGGGACAAAAAAUGGUAUGGCCACCUAAUAUAGUCAUCUCGGUUACCAAUCUCAUCUACACUUAUGUUGUUCUUCAUAAGUUUUCCACAACGAAUUGGAAACUGACUUCUCAUACCGCAACAAUCUCAUUUGACAUGGCUUCCUUUUUGUACAAAGUGGGGACCAGAAUUGGUGUAGACUUGGCUAUGUUUAUCUAUGAUCAAAUCCUUGGAUUUCGAAAAGGUAAUAAGAGAAACUUGAAUCUUUCUUUUCCUCAAGUUAUUUAUAAAGUGUUGAGUAUGCAGAAAAAAGAUCUCAAGCAAGAUCGAGAAGAUUUGGUGGCUCCCACUACUAUUGCUUCCUACAAAGCAUCUGCUCCAACUACUGAAGUUGUUGAUGCUCCAUCAUCCAAGAAAGCCAAGCCUCAAUCCCUGAAUUUUGCCUUGAAUGACAUUCCUCCUGAAUCGUCUUCUAUUCUCACAGAUUCAGGAACUGUUGCUGCAGAACUAGCUAUUGUUCGAGCCUCUCUUGAUUCAUUGACUGCUCAAGUGAUGACAUUUGAAGGACUGCAACGUUCUGUUUUGGAUGCUGUUAAAGCUUUGUCCAAGGAUCCAGCGAUUUAG